AUGGACCUGAUACGGAGUUUCUUCUCAGCAGAUUAUUGGAAGCCAAACCUGCAUUUUGCCGAGUCUCCUGCGAGCUUGUCGGUCAAGAGCUUCCCUGGUUCGACCGAAACUAGUCAAGAAAAUCUACAAGAGUUCAUUGAAGCUCGUUGUCCUAGCUUAUUCAAGCAGUUCUGCCCGACUUGGUGGCUUUUCAACGGCCAUUUGCAGACAGCGUACGCCGUAGUCGGCGAUUUCUCAAAGAUAGAUAAGGUAGAAUAUGACAGGACAUUCCUGCGCACCCUUGACGGCGGCACGAUAGGUUUGGACAGCACACCACCGGCAGCUGUACGCAAUUUAGAAGAUGAUGCUCCGAUCGUGGUGGUCCUGCACGGGCUCACGGGUGGAUCCCAUGAGUCGUACGUCCGAGCGAUAUUGGCGCCAGUAUGCACGCCUGUAGAGGAAGGCGGCUUGGGAUACCGGGGCAUCGUGGUCAAUUUCCGAGGAUGCGCAGGCGUUCCCCUCUCCAGCCCACAGCUCUAUUCCGCUGGCCACACUGAUGAUAUCCGUGUCGCCGUGCUGCAUAUUGCCAAGCGCUAUCCGAAUGCUCGCUUGAUCGGGAUAGGUUUUUCGCUGGGCGCGAACGUCUUGACUCGCUAUCUCGCAGAGGAGGGAACACGCAGUCGUCUUAUCGCCGGCUGCGCCGUCGCUUGUCCCUGGGAUCUAGUCAUGAACGCGGAACAGUUGGAGAACAGGUGGUUUCACAGAAAUGUGUACUCGAAAGCGAUGGCCCGGAACUUGCAGACGCUCGUCCGGCGGCACGCCGCCAGCUUGUACAAAUUCCCUGAACACCCGCUGACGCAAGUUCUCCCCGAGGUGCUGAGCGUAAAAUCGCUUGCAUUGUCGCAGUUUGACAAGGCCGUUACUCGCGUUGGCGGCGGCUCGUCUCCGCCGUUCCCAUUCCCGACGGCAUGGGAUUACUAUGUGUGGGCGUCGAGUCACAAAGUUCUCGCAGACAUUCGCGUGCCCUUCCUUGCUAUAAAUGCGGAGGAUGAUCCGAUUGUGCAAGUGCUGCCGGUAGAGGCCGGAGGAAACCCUUUCGUCGCAUUCGCGGUCACAAAGAAGGGCGGUCAUUUAGGAUGGUUCGAAACAGACGAGAAGACGGGUUACGUGAGGCGGUGGCUCAAGAAGCCGGUAGUGGAGUGGCUGAAGGCUGUACGCGAAGACCUGAUCGUCGAGGGGCGGCAGGACAUGUCGACGCAUGUAGUCGACGGAUUCCUCAAGGAGGUGGGGCGGGACGACAUCGGAUGCAAAGAAGUUGGAAAAGGAGGGCAUGUUGUAGGUGUUGAAGGAGAAGGAGGGCUGUUGGCUGGCCUGUAG